AUGCCUCGUAACUUAGCAGAGCGCCUGAAGGAAUAUCUACCAUGGAGGUGGGCGCUUCAGCAACUCGUGGAACGCUUCUCGUGCGUAGCCAUCGCUCUAUACGGGUAUGACCAGGGCAUGAUGUCCCUCGUCAACACGAACACAUCCUAUCUCCGCACCAUGAAUAUAUCAAGAGAAUCCCCCCUCGUCGGGGUUAUUGUCGCCAUUUACUACCUUAGAUGCGUAGGAGGCGCCAUAAUAGCGUCGUUUUUCGCUGACAGAUGCGGCCGGAAACUGUCAAUUCGCCUUUCACUCGGCAUAACUAUUGUUGGGGGUAUCUUGAUGCUCAUUCCUGGGAUAACUUCGCCAUAUAUAGACGAAACAUGGAACGGUUGUGCCUUCUGGGUCAUGCUAGUCGGACGGAUCGUGCUCGGGAUAGGGAUUGGCGGCGUCGAUACAGUAAUUCCCGUCUACAGCUCCGAACUUUCUGAGGGCAAUGCCCGUGGUACCGCUUUGGCGAAAGAGUUUCGAGCAAACAUUGGAGGGCUACUAGGGGCGUUUGCAUUGAACAUCUGCUUCUCCCGUUGGCUGAAGACCAACAGCUGGGCCUAG